AUGGCUUCCGAGCGCAAGCGGCUACAUCUCCUGCUCGACGCAGAAGAGCUCGGCGACCGAAGACCAUCCCAGAUGCUUCGGCAUAUGGAGAACCUCCUCGGCUCUCGCGCCGCGACCUCCGAUCGGGUUCUGUUGAGGGAGCUGUUCCUGAAACGCCUUCCCAGCCGGGUACAGAUGGUCCUGGCCACCGCCUCUGACCUGGAUAUCGCAGCACUGGCAAAGCUUGCCGACAAGGUUCUUGAAGUGAGUUCUCCCACCAUCUCGGCUUCUACAGCUCCGGUAGCUGCUCUGGCACCCUCUCAAGACCCAGCCACCCCUCAGCCCUCUUCCUCUCACUUCACCACGCUCACUGAACAAAUUCGACGGUUAUCUGACGUAGUCGCUUCAACCUUGUCGAGCCGGCGCCCACGCCGCCGACCUCGAUUCCGUCGCUCAUCCCCCCGACGGCACAGCUCGACCCCUUCUCCCACCCGACCUCCAGCCGUUUGCCUUCCGCCUUGCUUCUACCACGCCAAGUUCGGCGCCGCUGCUCGCAACUGCGCCAGCCCUUGCGGCUGGCCGGGAAACAGCAGAGAGGAUCACUAA